AUGGACUACGAGUAUACAUUAGAGCAACUUACCAAAGAUCUUGGAAUAGUUGUUAAAAGCUUCUAUGAAGACAAUACUGGGUCAAAGAAUGAAGCGAGUCAGGCUCUACUUGAUGACAAUGAAGUAGAUCAAACUCUGCUUGAAGAGGAUGAAGUGGUUCAGGCUCUCCUAGGUGAGAAUGAAACAAGCCAGGCUCUGCUUAACGAAAAUGAAGAGAGUCAGGCUCUCCUAAAUGAGCUUGAAGCAAGUCAGGCUCCCCUUAAUGAGAAUGAAGCAGGUCAAGCUCAAGUCCCACCCAUGUACCCAAGCACUUGGCCUUCCAACUGGAAUUCAACGAAGCAGAUUUCAUUGAACUUGGAGCCACCAAACAAUACUGGCACCAAGAAAAAGAAAUGGGCUUUGGCUGAACACAUAUGCUUCCUGCGUGGAUUGCAGCAAUAUGGGAAGGGAAAAUGGACUGCCAUUUCUAAAAAUGUGGUGCUGACAAGAACACCAGCUCAAGUAGCCAGUCAUGCUCAGAAAUACUAUAAACACCAAAUUGAUCGAGGAAACAAAAAGAGCAAAAGAGGCAGCAUAUAUGAUUUUACCAUAGACAUGCUUGUGGACCCUAUGAAUCAAAACGAGAACCAUGCCAUUCCAUCAAUGCAUCAAUUAGGACCACAAAAUCUUUCACAUGAGCCUCCAACGCACCAAUCAUGGCCAGUGCAUCAAUCAACCCUAAUGAAUCGGCCUACUGUUCCAAUGCAAAUUCAACCUUCAUUAAAUCAGCCUAACUCACAAAAUAUUAUGAAGGUGAAUCCUGCUUGCAUGGCAGAAUUGGACCCAUCUCACGCUCACUCAACUCCCCAACCACAUCAAGGGUUAUCACAGUUGACAUCUGUGUUUUCAUUCGGCCCUGGGUUCUCUAAUGGGCAACAAUUGGUAAAUCAACCUUCAUUCAACUCUAAGGCACUGACAACUAUCCAUACCCAAAUCAACAAGGGAACCCGAUGGACUGAAGAAGAACACCUGUUAUUUGUGGAUGGAUUGGAAAGAUACGGGAAGGGAGAUUGGAAGAACAUUUCUAGAUAUGUUGUGCAGACAAGGUCGCCAACUCAGAUUGCUAGUCACGCUCAGAAAUACUUUAAUCGCCAAGCAAAGAAAGGGAACAACAACAACAAGCAUUAUCCUACUACGAAAGGGAGCAAAAAGAGGGAAAGAAAAAGCAUCCAUGAUGUCACCAUUCAUGAUAUUUAUGUCGAAGCUCAACAACAAAAUCAAAUGAUGGCUUCUUCAUAUCCUCAAAACCAGAUUGUUCCUCCAAGUCUUCCCAUAGAUGAAUCCUGUAACCCACAAAAUUGCCUAAAUUUUGAUCGGUCCCUUCAAUUUGGGUACCCAAGUAGCGCCUUUCUUAUGUAA